AUGAGUAAAGAACAAUAUCAUUCAGAUUUUGAAAUGGGAAGUGAUACAGAUGAGUCAGAUGAUAAUUCCAUUGAUCAUGAAGAUUUUUAUCGACCUAAAAACAGAGAACCUAUUGAUAAUACAGAAGUGAAAUUGACAUUAAUGCAAAGAGCACGUAGACGUCCAGUCAGUGAUCGAAAUCAAAGGAAUACAUCACACUGUAUAAAAUCAUCUCUGCGUAAUUGGAUGUAG